AUGAUGAAUUGGGAAUUCAUUUCAGAGGCCAAUGCUCAUUUGACAGAGACUGAAUUACGUUAUUACGGUGAUAUAUUUUUGUAUUGUUGUGACAACACCGAUCCAGACAAUGUCCCGGUUGUCAAGGCUGCUGAAUUAUUUCGAUCUGCUAAUUUACCUCGAGAUACUACCAUCAAGAUACUGGAUAUCUGCGUGGGCUCCAAAGUAAACAAUCACAUGGGCAGGAAGCAGUUUUAUGCAGCAUUGAAAUUAGUCGCAGCACACCAAGCUGGUCUGGAUAUUCACCGUGACAUGGCUAUUAAUUCCCUGGAAAUAGCGACACCGUUACCCAGGUUUUCAUGGCCUACGUCAGGUGACGAGGACACCACGGACAGACGUAAAGAUUGUAUGGUAACUAAGAACACGACAGCCAGUGGACUGACUGGGUCGCGGUUGCCUGAGAGCACCACUGAGAGUGAAAGCGAUCCAGAGUCGCCCCGAGAAACUGGAGGCAGUACUGACUCACCGACACCCACCAACAGUGUCACGCAGGAAAGAAUAAUCGACGGUUUGAUGGCCGGAGAAACGAUUCUCGAUUCAACCUCCGGGAGUUGGCAAGGUCUCCUUGUGUCUGAAGAGCAGCGACAGCUGCUGGGCACUGAGGAAGAGAGUUCCGAGCGACACAGCAGCGAUGAAGCUGACGGAGAUGGAGACGCUUCGAGUUUUCCGCCAGAAGAAGUUUGGAUCAUCAGCGACGAGCAGAGAGAUUAUUACGCCGCCCAGUUUUCAAGGCUACAGCCGAACCCAGAAGGUUUGCUGGCUGGUUCCAUCGCGAGGACCUUCUUCGAGAAGUCCCGGCUGCCCGUCGCUGAACUGAGACGCAUUUGGCAGCUGGCAGACGUCACCAGAGACGGAGCGUUGAGCUUGCAGGAGUUUUACGUCGCGAUGCACCUCGUUGUGCUGAGGAGAAAUCACGUACCACUGCCAGACUCGUUACCUCCGAGCUUGGCGUUCACGUUGACAGUACCGCCGCCUCCGUUGCCAACUUUGAAUUCUGUUGUGGUUGAACCGUCAGCUCCGCAGCCUCCUCCUCCGCCUCCACCGUCACCACCGACGCAAACUACGCAGUCAAUUCACAGUCAGUCGCAAUCUCAAUCUCAGUCUCAAUCUCAAGUCCAAGGCUCACCUUCUGCGACGACUGGAUCAAGCGCUGCAAAUACGCGAGAGAAAAAUAAAGAGUGGACGAAAUUCGUGGACUCUCCUACUGGCAGUGCUGGUGCUUUAGCUAGUCCUGGGCCAAAGCCCAAGUUUAUCGUUAAUUUUGACUUACAAAAAGCUGCUGUCGAUCGAGAUCCCAAGAUUCUACACCCGGUGCCACUUAGACUGACCCCCGAGGCGGCUAUUCUAGCCUCCAGUGCCAAUGGAAACAACAGCACCGCUGGGCUCGUUGAUGAAGACAUUCUUCUGUCGGCUGUCAACCUGGGACAGAGGUCGCUCAAUAAGAAGUCUUUAGCUUCCAACGACGACAGUCUUGCUGUCACGCCAAAAAAAGAGCCACCUCCUCCGCCACCUCCUAGACCUUAUAGAACCCACACUCGAAGCUCUAGUCUUGAUCUUAAUAAAUUAGGUAAAAAUGGACAAAAUUUUUUAGGUGCUCCACCUUCUGUGCCACCCAGAGUGUCUCCAGGAGUUAGCUCGCCAAGAAAACUAGUCGGUCAACGAAGUGAAUGUGAGGACCCGAGAUUGGUUAAUGAAAAUCCAAGUUUCGUCGCUGAUUUUUCUCACUUUUCUCCCAAGAAUGAAGAUAUCACAAAUCUGGAAAGUGUUCCAGCAAAUCAGAGCCAACAAUUCACUGGAGUCUGUGGUGCUUUUCAUAUCUAUCGGAAACCGAGUCUUAAACGUGGAGAAGGAGAAGAAGAGGGCAAAGAUGAUACGGAUGACAGCAAAAGUCUGACUUUAGAAGAAUUGAGAGAAAAAAAUGCCGAGUUACGGCUCGUUUGCGAGGAGCUGACUCGUGAACUAGCUGGUGCAUUGCAAGAGCGUAUUAAUUUACGUGCUAAAUUACUCCUUAUCACUUGAUCCUGUAUUUCAUCGCUAUCUCUAUUGCACUUGCAACACUCAGACGAUCUAGUUGUCCGCCCAUAUCUGCAAUCAUGUCGCUCUCGUUCGCUUUCUUCAUGAACAAAAUUUUUCAU